ACAGCUGACAUCAAGUUAGGUGUAAUAUAGAACAGGUUUGCCUUUAGUUGGAUUUUGUUCAAGUAGUUUGUGCCUUGAUAAGCACACAAUAACCAGAUUUAUCAACAGAAACAUUGGUUGAGUAUACAAAUUCUUCGGUGUGUGACUUAUCUGAUAUACAAGCAUGCAGCUUCGCCAAUGGAUGGAAAUAAAUUGUUAUCUCAGCCACAUAUCCUUCGCCAAUGGAUGGAAAUAAAUUGUUAUCUCAGCCACAUAUGCGAACAGGAAGGAGUUCAAGGUGAAGUCCAACAUACCAGUGUUAAAAGUUAAAUCACUUUCUUUUGGUCACAUUUGAGGAAGCUAUGCAAAACACAUACUUUUCAAUGGAUCUUCCAUGGAGAGUUGGCAACAUGUAUGCACAUUUUGAAGCAUAACGCUAUGAAAUAUAAGUUUUCAUAUCAAAACUCAAGGCACUGGAUGACAUUAGAAUAUACCUUCCAUAUCUAGUGAAUAGAGACUUAGCUCACGACACCAUCUCAAAGGAUCCUCGGAAAAAGGAAUAGUCACAGACCAACCGGUUGAUACAAGAACUAUAGCGGUUUGAUGAUGGAGGAGACACAAGCAAAAACAGCUGACCAACGACUGUUGGAUGCAGUAGAUGAGGGGAAAUUGAAAGAUGUUAAACACGCAAUCACCGCUGGUGGGGAUGUGAACCAGAAAGACAAAGAUGGUAAGCUACUUGUGCAAAUAGCUAUUAAAAACCUCAUUCAAGCACUAAAAGACCAAGACCAGGCUACAACUCAAGAUGCAAAGAAAGCAAUUGUAAUAGAAUUAGUAGAGCAUCAUGCCAAUGUCAAUGAACAGGGUGUAUAUGAUACAACUGCGUUAGGAUAUUUGCUAGCAUGGCAAUUAAAUUCAUUAUACAAUGAAAGGCAAAAACUGAUUCUGCUUGAUGUUGUUAGAGUGUUGUUAAAUAAUGGUGCUGAUGUCAACAUCAAGGAUAUUGGUGGUAAAUCUCCUUGGCACAGAGCAGCUAAGACCCCUUCCAUUGAACUUCUGAAGUUAUUUUUUGAGAACCAGUCUGAUGUAAAUGUCAGGGGUACAGGUGAUCAAACCGCACUUCAUACUGCUGAUGACACAGACAUUGUUAGAUUAUUGAUAGAAAACAAGGCUAAUGUCCAUGCUACAGACAAAGUAGGCAGAAGUCCACUCUCGUAUGCGGCACAGAGACGUAACAUUGAUGUAGUCAGAUUAUUGAUAGAAAACAAGGCUGAUGUCAAUGCUAAAGACAUAGUAGGCAGAAGUCCACUCUCGUAUGCGGUCGAGGAAGGUGACAUUGAUGUAGUCAGAUUAUUGAUAGAAAACAAGGCUGAUGUCCAUGCUACAGACAAAAUAGGCAGAAGUCCACUCUCGUAUGCGUUACAGGGAGGUAACACUGAUGUAGUCAGAUUAUUGAUUGAAAACAAGGCUGAUGUCCAUGCUACAGACAAUGCAGGCAGAAGUCCACUCUCGUAUGCGGCACAGAGAGGUGACAUUGAUGUAGUCAGAUUAUUGAUAGAAAACAAGGCUGAUGUCCAUGCUACAGACAUUGCAGGCAGAAGUCCACUCUCGUAUGCGGCACAGAGAGGUGACAUUGAUGUAGUCAGAUUAUUGAUUGAAAACAAGGCUGAUGUCCAUGCUACAGAAAAAGCAGGCAGAAGUCCACUCUCGUAUGCGGCACAGAGAGGUGACAUUGAUGUAGUCAGAUUAUUGAUAGAAAACAAGGCUGAUGUCCAUGCUACAGAUGAUAAAGGCAGAAGUCCACUCUGGUAUGCGUUACAGGGAGGUGACAUUAAUGUUGUCAGAUUAUUGAUAGAAAACAAGGCUGAUGUCAAUGCUACAGACGAUGAAGGCAGAAGUCCACUCUCGUGUGGGGUACAGAGAGGUGACAUUAAUGUUGUCAGAUUAUUGAUAGAAAACAAGGCUGAUGUCCAUGCUACUGAUGAUAAAGGCAGAAGUCCACUCUCGUAUGCGUUACAGAGAGGUAACAUUGAUGUAGUCAGAUUAUUGAUUGAAAACAAGGCUGAUGUCAAUGCUAGAGACAAAGCAGGCAGAAGUCCACUCUCGUAUGCGUUACAGGGAGGUAACAUUGAUGUAGUCAGAUUAUUGAUAGAAAACAAGGCUGAUGUCCAUGCUACAGACAAUGAAGGCAGAAGUUCACUCUCAUACGCAGCAGAGAGAGGUCACAUUGAUGUAGUCAGAUUAUUGAUAGAAAAUAAGGCUGAUGUCAAUGCUACAGACAAAGAAGGCAAAAGUCCACUCCUGUAUGCGUUACUUGAAGGUAACAUUGAUGAAGUCAGAUUAUUGAUUGAAAACAAGGCUGAUGUCCAUGCUACAGACAAGGUAGGCAGAAGUCCACUCUCGUAUGCGGCACAGAGAGGUGACAUUGAUGUAGUCAGAUUAUUGAUAAAAAACAAAGCUGAUGUCAAUGUUACAGACGAUGAAGGCAGAAGUCCACUCUCGUAUGCGGCACAGAGAGGUUACAUUGAUGUAGUCAGAUUAUUGAUAGAAAACAAGGCUGAUGUCAAUGCUACAGACAAAGUAGACAGAAGUCCACUCUCGUAUGCAGUACAGAGAGGUGACAUUGAUGUAGUCAGAUUAUUGAUAGAAAACAAGGCUGAUGUCCAUGCUUCAGACGAUGAAGGCAGAAGUCCACUCUCGUAUGCGUUACAGGGAGGUGACAUUGAUGUAGUGAGAUUAUUGAUAGAAAACAAGGCUGAUGUCCAUGCUACAGACAAAGUAGGCAGAAGUCCACUCUCGUAUGCGGCACAGAGAGGUAAAAUUGAUGUAGUCAGAUUAUUGAUAGAAAACAAGGCUGAUGUCCAUGCUACAGACAAAGUAGGCAGAAGUCCACUCUCGUAUGGGGCACAGGGAGGUAACAUUGAUGUAGUCAGAUUAUUGUUAGAAAACAAGGCUGAUGGCCAUGCUACAGACAAAGUAGGCAGAAGUCCACUCUCGUAUGCGGCACAGAGACGUAACAUUGAUGUAGUCAGAUUAUUGAUAGAAAACAAGGCUGAUGUCCAUGCUACCGACGAAGUAGGCAGAAGUCCACUCUCGUAUGCGGCCGAGGAAGGUGACAUUGAUGUAGUCAGAUUAUUGAUAGAAAACAAGGCUGAUGUCCAUGCUACAGACAAUGAAGGCAGAAGUCCACUCUCGUAUGCGUUACAGGGAGGCGACAUUGAUGUCGUCAGAUUAUUGAUAGAAAACAAGGCUGAUGUCCAUGCUACAGACAAUGAAGGCAGAAGUCCACUCUGGUAUGCGUUACAGGGAGGUGACAUUGAUGUAGUCAGAUUAUUGAUAGAAAACAAGGCUGAUGUCCAUGCUACAGAUAAUGAAGGCAGAAAUCCACUCUUAUAUGCGGCACAGAGAGGUAACAUUGAUGUAGUCAGAUUAUUGAUAGAAAACAAGGCUGAUGUCAAUGCUACAGAUAAUGAAGGCAGAAGUCCACUCUUAUAUGCGGCACAGAGAGGUAACAUUGAUGUAGUCAGAUUAUUGAUAGAAAACAAGGCUGAUGUCCAUGCUACAGACAAUGAAGGCAGAAGCCCACUCUCGUAUGCGGCAGAGAGAGGUGACAUUAAUGUAGUCAGAUUAUUGAUAGAAAACAAAGCUGAUGUCAAUGUUUCAGACAAUAAAGGCAGAAGUCCACUCUCGUAUGCGGCACAGAGAGGUGACAUUGAUGUAGUCAGAUUUUUGAUAGAAAACAAGGCUGAUGUCCAUGCUACAGACUUUGAAGGCAGAAGCCCACUCUCGUAUGCGGCAGAGGAAGGUUACAUUGAUGUAGUCAGAUUAUUGAUAGAAAACAAGGCUGAUAUCAAUGUUACAGACAAUGAAGGCAGAAGUCCACUCUGGAAUGCGUUACGGGGAGGUGACAUUGAUGUUGUCAGAUUAUUGAUAGAAAACAAUGCUGAUGUCCAUGCUACAGACAAUGAAGGCAGAAGUCCACUCUGGUAUGAGUUACAGGGAGGUGACAUUGAUGUAGUCAGAUUAUUGAUAGAAAACAAGGCUGAUGUCAAUGCUACAGACAAAGUAGGCAGAAGUCCACUCUCAUAUGCGGUACAGAGAGGUGACAUUGAUGUUGUCAGAUUAUUGAUAGAAAACAAGGCUGAUGUCAAUGCUACAGACAGCGGAGGUCUCAAGCUACUUUGUCUUGCAACACAAAACAAAGAAAUAUUCGAUGAACUGCUUAGAUGUGGGGCAGAAAUUGAUGUCUCAGAUCAAAGAGGUCUAAGUAUCCUACACAUUGGAUUAGCGAGUGUUAGUGAGAGCUUAUUGUAUGUUCUUGUGGAAACUGUCAAUGCUCCUGGAAGUUACAACAGGACAAUGCUUUAUGUCGCUGCAGCGCUUGGGCUCACUAAACACAUGGCAGUCUUGCUCCGAUAUCGUGGAAUAAAUGUGAAUGCCUGUGACAUCUUCGGCAUGACUUGUCUUCAUUAUGCAACAAUAAUAGGAAAUGAAGACAUAAUCCGUAACCUUCUCAAGGCAGGGGCCGAUAUUGGAGCACUGGAUACUGCAGGGAGGUCUGUUUUGCAUAUUGCAGCAAUCUAUGGACAUUGCAAAUUGAUAGAAACUUUCACUCAAAUUCAAAAGGACUUGCUUCCUCAUGCAGGAGACAACCAAGGACGGAAUUGCCUACACUAUGCUGUAAUCUACAGAAGAGAUGAAGUAGUAAAACUACUUCUCAAUGAUCAACCAGAUUCUCAAAUUAAUUCUAUCAAGGACAAUAAGGGAAAGAAGCCAAUGGACUAUCUGUACAAAUUUGAGGAAAACACUUUGAUAUGGAAACUGUUUGGCAAUCAAUCUCCAGUUAUCAAAAUUAUCAACGAAUACACUGACCUCUCAUGCCACAAGAGUGAAACAAAUCUCUUAGAGGUAUCAAAACAGUGUGGUAUCGGCUCUGUCAAGACAAUUUUAGGUUUUGAUCUGACAACUUUUGCAAAACAAAUCAAAUCAAAAGUUGAAGAGGUGAUCCGUGAAGCUAUACCACAGUCUGGUGAUGUUGAAGUCAUUGGCUGUGGAAGUUCCUCUGAAGGUUCAAAACUUGGACUUCCAGAUGAACUAGAUUUCAUGGUCAAACUAUAUUCAAUUCAAUACCAAUAUCUGGCUAGUGAGGGCUAUGGAGAGAUGGUAAGAGAUAAAGAAAAGAAUACAGAACUGAAUACAGAAAAUACACCAUAUGGUAUAUGGCUGUGGAAUAGACUGAUGAUCUACUGGAGUGAACAUCAGCAUCAAAAGGAAGGUAAACAUCAAAGAACUGAUCAUGAACCCGAGUUUCAGAUGCCAUUGCCUCCAGUGCGACACCCUGAUCAAACAACUUGUACAACCUGGAUCUGGUUAUAUAGUGAUAGUAUGUUCAAGGAUUUGGCAGUUUCAAUAGAUUUUGUCCCUGCUAUUGAAAUUAAGGAUUACGCCAUGAAGCGCUUUAUUGUUCCAAAAAUACCACACAAAGAGAGCACCAUCUCUAAAACUUUCACCACAGAGAAACUGAACCAACUUGGUCGCAUAUCCCAUCCAACGAUGGAGGUCGAGCUCCUACUCAACUUGGACCAAUACUUGAUGGAUGUGUUCAUAACAGCAAAGAGCCUACGAAAACCUGAGGUUUGUGGAUUCAAGAUGAAGAAUGACAAAGAUGAGACAGUUCCAAUGGGCGAGUACAUUACCAGCUACAGACUGAAAACUUCAUUUAUGCAUUUCAUAGAAGUGUUUAAAUUUUCAAAGAUGUCACUUGGCAAAAUGGUGCUGAUAGUCUAUGAAUAUCUAGAGAAAUGCCUCCAAAGGGGCAACCUUCCAUCAUUCUUUAAAGAUGAAUUGGAAAGACCAGUGAAUGUGCUGGCUGGAUCCAAGUUGAGUAAGGAAGGUAGCAUUCUGGCAGCAACGAAAAUGACAGAAUUUGUAAGGUGUUUGUAUGAAAGAGAUUUCUCAUCAGUUAAAGACUUGGAUUUAAAAGAGGAGCAACUUGCAAGAAGAAAGUUUAGGGCCAUUUUCAGAUAGGAAGACAGAAUGAACAUGAUGACUGGAGCCUGUCAAAUUCAGUCUGCAAUCUAGGCCAUAUCAUAUCCUUAUCUGCUAAAACUCAGCCUCGUUGCUAAAACUCAGCCUCGUUUUGGUACCAAUGCAUGAUAGUGCAUUGGUACUGCAAUGUACUACCUGUCUGAUAGAGAGUAGCCAAAUGAUUAUGUGUCACUAAAGUGUCCCCUGUGACCAUACAGUUACCCACAUCUGUUUCAAUCUUGCUGAUAUUGGAGAAUAGGUUACUCACUGACUGUUUAUGAUAUUUAUCCUCGAACAUAUUAUCCUAUUUAGCUCCAGUAGACAGAUUAAUAAUCCUAAAUAAUCCUGAAGGGUGUGGCUGCCCUUUUUGGGCGUGUUCUGGGAGGCUUAAAGAGCCUUGAGGGUGAAAAAUCCACUAGGCCUCUCUCUUGAUAUCUUGACUAAUGGUAUGCAAAAUGUUGAUUUCAUAUCUCAACUGGUCUCUGCUAUAUUAUUGGUUAUAGUCAUGAGGGGCAGGGUUCUAAAAUGCCAAUCAACAGAAAAAAGCUGUCGUCUUAGCGUAGUCUCAGCCAAUUAGCUCAGUAUCUAUGCACAUUUUGGCACAUAAUGAUGCCUUCUUUCAGAUGCAAGCGGUCUGAUGGCUUGAAAUUAAAAUAGUUCUGAGAAAUCUUGAAAUAAACAGUGGCUUGAUAGAUGGGGUCAAACAUGCUGAGAGACACAUGUUGGGUGCCAUGUUCUGUGAGGCUUAGAGUUCAAGACAGUUGAUGUAUGAUAUCCAUGGGUGCAUAAUGUCCUAAGGUACCAAAAUAUAGUCAUCUUAAACUGAAAUAUACCACACAUGAUGUAAAAUCAGUACUUUGUUGGUGCUCAUUUUGCAAAUCAGAGUUAAAAAUCCAGGACAUGACCUACUUCCUUGAUGCACAUUCUGUAUACCCUGCACGAGUAUGCAUGUGUCAGUUUAGGCGUUGGUGUAGUGGUUGCUAUGGCGAGGGCAUUUUCACCAUUAGUUAAGUUAGUUCAUUGUAGAGUUUGAAGUAACUAGUACAUAUACCUAAUUAAUAAUAUAUCCCAAAUGUCCACUUAUAUUAGUUAGCAUAGCCCCAUAGGUUUAUAAUAUUCAUGAAUUUUUUUAUCUUUCACCCAUGGGUGGAUGGAGCCCAUGUGGUCAGCAUGAGUUAGUUGUCCAACAGACAACAUGCUUGGGGUUGUUUCUUUUGGAUUGCUAUCCAGUCAUCACGGAUGCCUCUCUAUCCCGGAAUGGCUAUAUUGAGCGUGUCCUAAUUAGAGUCUGGCCUGCAUGUAAGCAGAUAUGCCACUCAGCGUAAACCAAACCGAGGCCAUCAGAUUAUGCGGGAACUGAUAUCAAUUACAUAUUCCUGGUCUGGAUCGUAGACUGAUUGGAUGUUUUACUACAAAGAGAGCAUCUUUACAUUUUGAGGGUAUUUGUACAGAGGUAUACCUUGACAUCAGAAGGACUCAAUCCAUUCAAAACUGCAUCAGAGGGCAUAUGGAACAGGUACAUAGUAACUCAUAUUGGCCUACGGAGGUCAAGUCAGAGGUUCCAGCUAAUACUUGCCCCCCAGUUUAUAGUAGAUUAGAACAGGCAAAAUGUGCAAACUUGUACUCUACACUGUACAUCAGCUGAUCAGAGCUUCCAACCUCUGCUGUAUGAAGAAGAUCUUAUUAACUAUCGAAUAUAUCCAACCCAUGACUCUUGGUAUUUUUACACUUUUAGCGUCUUACCCAAGUGUAAGAAGAUGAUGAUUGACCCAAUUUAAUCUGAGUAUUAGCAAACAACAUUUCAACCUGUGCUAGCGUCAGAACUAUUUCUGUGAAGACAAAAUAGUGCGGAUAUCUUACAGAUCAAAUCAUCUUAUCACAAGUGUUACUGCAAGUGUACCAACACUGUGGCAAUAUUUUGGACACUUUUUUUUAAUCAUCAGUAUUAUGGGAAGCAGUAAGGAAAUCGCAGCAAACCGCUUCACAUCGCAAGGUGCAUUUCAGCCAAUCCACUAGCAACAUGUUUGCACCCUUCAUACAGCCGAGAGGGUGCCACAAAUAAUCAGACUCUUGAAAUUUGCCAAAUGUGCAAACUUGGUCUAAUGGUGACAACAGAGUGUACAUGUUCACUCAGUACAAUCGAAAUUGGGACUUUGCUGUCUGUGUCAAGCUGUGGGCUCCAUCCCAAAUGCUUUUGAGGUUAUCUUGACAUCAUUACCAUAUCAUGACACGAUAUUUGAGCACAGUAGGUUUAUGACACCUGAGUACAGUAGAACCUCACUACUAAGGACACCCUCGGGACUGACAAGUGUUGUCCUUAAUAGAGAGGUGUCCUGAUUAGAGAGGUCAAAUUGAAUGGAAAGAACCAAUUUGGGACCAAAACUAGUGUCCUUAAUAGAGUGGUUGUCCUUAAUAGAGAGGUGUCCACUAAAGGAGGUUCUACUGUAUAUCAGUGUCUUUUGCUUGUAACAGAAAGUAGGAAUCCAAUGCUAGUAGCGAGGAAUAUUCUAUAGUCCUCGACCAACUGUUCGAAACUAAGCAAAUUACAAACUUGGUGUGAAUUUAUUAAACGUGGUGGCAUUGCAUUCAUAUCAGCCCAUUAGAUUCAACGUUAAGUUGAACGUAACCUAAAUGUAAAUGAUGCUUCCUUUCUUGUGCCAUUAUUUUAGCCUAUAAAUAGCACCCUCUCUAAUGAUAUGUUAGAUGUAAAUGAUGUUUCAACUGGCUGAGUAAUAAUAGAAAUGAGUGACAAAUAAUUUCUUGUUAUGUUAUGUUAAAUGCUUAUGAUGCUGCUUCUAAUUUUUCUGUAAUUAUAAAUGUAUGAUAAAUAUUCCAUAUUAUGUUGUGUUAGACUGAUACAAAUGAUGAAGCAUCAACUGUUUGAGAAAUCAUACCAGUGUAUGAUAAAUAUUCCAUAUUAUGUUGUGUUAGACUGAUACAAAUGAUGAAGCAUCAACUGUUGGAGAAAUCAUACCAGUGUAUGAUAAAUAUUUCAUGUUAUGUUGUGUUAGACUGAUAUAAAUGAUGAUGCUUCGACUGUUGGAGAAAUCAUACAAGUGUAUGAUAAAUAUUUCAUGUUAUGUUGUGUUAGACUAAUAUAAAUUAUGAAGCUUCAACUGUUUGAGUAAUCAUACCAGUUUAUGAUAAAUAUUUCAUGUUAUGUUGUGUUAGACUGAUAUAAAUGAUGAAGCAUCAACUAUUUGAGUAAUCAUACCAGUGUAUGAUAAAUAUUUUAUGUUAUGUUGUGUUAGACUGAUAUAAAUGAUGAAGCUUCAACUGUUUGAGUAAUCAUACCAGUGUAUGAUAAAUAUUUCAUGUUAUGUUGUGUUAGACUGAUACAAAUGAUGAAGCAUCACUUGUUUGAGUAAUCAUACCACUGUAUGAUAAAUAUUUCAUGUUAUGUUGUGUUAGACUGAUAUAAAUGAUGAAGCUUCAACUGUUUGAGUAAUCAUAUCAGUGUAUGAUAGAUAUUCCAUAUUAUGUUGUAUUAGACUGAUAUAAAUGAUGAAGCUUCAACUGUUUGAGUAAUCAUACCAGUGUAUGAUAAAUAUUUCAUGUUAUGUUGUGUUAGACUGAUACAAAUGAUGAAGCUUCAACUGUUUGAAUAAUCAUUCCAGUGUAUGAUAAAUAUUCCAUAUUAUGUUGUGUUAGACUGAUACAAAUGAUGAAGCAUCAACUGUUUGAGAAAUCAUACCAGUGUACAUGUAUGAUAAAUAUUUCAUAUCAUGUUGUGUUAGACUGAUAUAAAUGAUGAUGCAUCAACUGUUUGAGUAAUCAUACCAGUGUAUGAUAAAUAUUUUAUGUUAUGUUGUGUUAGACUGAUAUAAAUGAUGAAGCAUCAACUGUUUGAGUAAUCAUACCAGUGUAUGAUAAAUACUUGAUGUUAUGUUGUGUUAGACUGAUAUAAAUGAUGAUGCUUCUACUGUUUGAGUAAUCAUACCAGUGUAUGAUAAAUAUUUCAUAUCAUGUUGUGUUAGACUGAUACAAAUGAUGAAGCAUCAACUGUUUGAGAAAUCAUACCAGUGUAUGAUAAAUAUUUCAUGUUAUGUUGUGUUAGACUGAUACAAAUGAUGAAGCAUCAACUGUUUGAGUAAUCAUACCAGUGUAUGAUAAAUAUUUCAUGUUAUGUUGUGUUAGACUGAUAUAAAUGAUGAAGCUUUAACUGUUUGAGUAAUCAUACCAGUGUAUGAUAAAUAUUUCAUGUUAUGUUGUGUUAGACUGAUACAAAUGAUGAAGCUUCAACUGUUUGAGUAAUCAUACCAGUGUAUGAUAAAUAUUCCAUAUUAUGUUGUGUUAGACUGAUACAAAUGAUGAAGCAUCAACUGUUUGAGUAAUCAUACCAGUGUAUGAUAAAUAUUUCAUAUCAUGUUGUGUUAGACUGAUACAAAUGAUGAAGCAUCAACUGUUUGAGAAAUCAUACCAGUGUAUGAUAAAUAUUUCAUGUUAUGUUGUGUUAGACUGAUACAAAUGAUGAAGCAUCAACUGUUUGAGUAAUCAUACCAGUGUAUGAUAAAUAUUUCAUGUUAUGUUGUGUUAGACUGAUAUAAAUGAUGAAGCUUCAACUGUUUGAGUAAUCAUACCAGUGUAUGAUAAAUAUUUCAUGUUAUGUUGUGUUAGACUGAUACAAAUGAUGAAGCUUCAACUGUUUGAGUAAUCAUACCAGUGUAUGAUAAAUAUUCCAUAUUAUGUUGUGUUAGACUGAUAUAAAUGAUGAAGCUUCAACUGUUUGAGAAAUCAUACCAGUGUAUGAUAAAUAUUCCAUAUUAUGUUGUGUUAGACUGAUAUAAAUGAUGAAGCAUCAACUGUUUGAGUAAUCAUACCACUGUAUGAUAAAUAUUUCCAUAUAAUGUUUUGUAAGAUACCAAUGAAUGAUCAAUAAUUUCAUGCUCUGUUACAUUAAAUGUAAAUGAUGAUGAUGAUGGUCUUUUUGGGUAAUGAUAUUUUGAUGCGUGUAAAGUUUGUAGACUUGCCACCACAGCGGGGAAAUGAAUUUGUUUUGCCUUGGGCUGUUUGAAAUAUAGAAUAUACGAUCCACGUAAUGUCAUUCCCUAUUACAAGUGUAAACAAUGAUUUUAUGCUGUUUGAAUUAUCAUAUAUGUGAUAAAUUCUUAUGCUGUUUGAGUUAUGAUAUUGAUAAGCUAGGAAGUCUUUGUGGAGACCUGUUCACAAUGAAGCUUUUGUGCCUUGAUACAGAUCCUGGUUAUCAUAAGUGACAGGUGCUGCAGAAAAGGCACCAUUAUUAUAGUCCAUUGAUAAAUGUUAUGUCCGCAUCAUUUGGGGCUCUGGAGGGCGAAUUACUGGUCAGAUUUCUUUGAAGUUUGGUUUUUAUUGGUUUUCACCUCAAAACCAAACACGAUUUUUUACCUUAGUUACGAUUUUUUUUGUAUUUAUUUGUGCACACUGAUGUCCGCCCUGUACGGUUUAUUUCUAGACCAAUCUGUAUGAAAUAUAUUAAGGUUAUUAUUUUUUGUGUUCAUCUGACAUAAAAUUUAUGAGUGGACUAGUAUAGGAAUUGCGUAAAAAAUCAAUGAAAUUUCAAUUCCCCUGUAUUAAAACGAUAACUUUGCUGUUGUUUGUGUAACUGUAAUCGAUAAAUGAUCCCAAGUAGGCCUAUUGUUUUACAUGACCCAUAAACAAUAAUGCCUGUGCUAAACAUGCUAAAUGAAAUAUCAUAUGAAAUAAUAUUCUAUGUUGCACUUACUGUACAUGGGAAUGUUACCCUCUUUGUUUCAUCAGACAUGAUCUGAACAGGGAUCGAACUCAGAACCUCAGAGGUGAUAGGCACUGGUGAUAAAUUUGAACAACAGUCUUAUACUGCUAUGCCAAUCUGUCAGCCGAUAUAUGCCCACAAACAGAAAUAGAAAUACAAUCCAUAUAAGCCUAUGUAUUAAAUGGAUGAUCCUCUAAGCAACUGAACACUGACUUUCAAUAUUUUUUAUUACGCGGAACAUUUUCAAUAUUGUCAUGGUUUAUAUUAAGAAACUCUGUCAAACUUUGAAAAAUAAAUUGUAAUG